AUGACCGACAAUCCUGAGCCCAAGGGCAAAGGCAUUAGCUCGCGCUUUUCGAACAUUUUGCGUCGUUCUACUCGCUCUACCUCUGAUUUGACUGGCAUACACGAACAUGAUAUUGCUUCUGAUUACCCGACUAAAAUAGCCAAUGUCCCUAACCGUAAGCCUGUAUACAAAAAUCCAUUCUCUGCCAUCCCUAGCGGAGGCACACAAGAGGCAGUCGCUAGCGCGCUAGCCGAAACUGACCGCAUAUCGGACUAUACCCUUAGCCCACCCCCCACUGUUCCUCUCGUCGCAAGCCCGCCGAGAAGCUCUGGCGUCGCAAACGCAGGCAUCACACUGGUCAUCAGCUCCUCACAAGAGUCAGAACAGGUUAGAGAUGCCGGCGCGGCGCUGGCGCAACUCACGGAAUAUACGUUGGACGAUGAACCCUCCUCUAGCCCUCCCAAAAUCACAUACGUUGAAGAGAAGGCCGUAUCUAGGCCAGGAUCAACCACCCCCACCCGAAACCGCACGAGACCCACCGAAAGACAAGUCACCCCCAUGGAAGACUGGGUUUUCAGCAGCCAAGAGCUACACUGGUUUAAACGCCUCGAGGCUGGAGGCUACCCCGACAACGAAGCUCUCGAACGCUGCAUCAAACAACUAUAUGACGAUACCGACGAAGAAAAGAGCAGCACGAACGCAUUCAUUCAAAAAAUCGAAAAACUAGGCAACCAAAUCUCUUCAAUCGCCGAAAACGCGCUUUACAACGGCACGGAAGCAGGACCAAGUCGUCCGGAAUCACCGAUGAAGCAAGACGAAGAGGAAGACACAUACAUGGGCGAACCCGAACCCGGCCCGAACCAACCUAACCCCCUAACCACCGAAAUCUGCUGGGGAACCGACGCCAAACCAGGCGAGUGGGGAGGCUACACAAACCCACCAGCACCAACACACUCAGCCACUACCGAUCCCACUCAAGCCAUGCUCCAGGCGAUUUUAACCAAGAUGGGGCAGCUCGACGAUAUCAAGUCCCGACUAGACAAACUCGAAGGCAAAUCGCCGCAGGUACACACUGCACAAACGAGCACGUCUAGAAACAAACACACAACUAACCCAAGUCCCGCCCCAACCGUCAACUCCUCACAAACGCGUCCAAGCUUUGCCAAUGUCGCGGCAAAGGCGCCAGCCAAAGCCCCGGAGGUCAAAGCCUCUAACAUUGCCGCUGCUAUCAAGAGGGAUAUCGCCAAACCGGCGCCCGCACAGAGCGACGACAAGAAUUUUGUUGUUCGUUUCAAAACUCUACCCGUCACCCAACCAAACCCCGAAAGCAUAUUCGUGGCCAUGCGAGAAUGCCUUGAUGCCGCAAACCGCAACCUCGGCAAGGGCAGACUCACAAGAGUCCGGUGGUCACUAAAGGCAAGCCUUCACCUUUCCUUCUCCAAUAAUGUCUCCGUCACGGCGAUUGAAAACGCCAUCCCACUGCUCAUGGAUCGUCUACGACUCCCUGAGUACGAAUUCGGACCUGAGGUCCCUUGGAGCAGACUAGUCGUCACCAACGUCCCCACCGGGAUGGGCGGCUCUCUCCAACGCAUGCGCAACCGCGAGGAGCUAACUCAGCUCCUCAACGAAGCCUUCCCUGACUCCGCCAAAUUUGGCUCAGUCAAACUUACCCUCGCACCCGACUGGCUAGCAGACCCCGCGCGAUUACAAGCCGAGGGACGCCAUGCCUCCACCGUUUCGUUCGCAUUUGAAGACGCAGGAGGAAAUGCGAAAUCAAGAAGUUUAACCCCAAACCCCUACUGCAAACCUGCACUAAAUGCGUUCGCUACGGACACACCGAACGUCAAUGCCGAACCAAGAAACCCCGCUGCCACAAAUGCGGACGCAACAACCACUCGACCGACGAACACAACGCAGACAACUGCCCCCGAUGCAUCCGCGAAGGCAAAGGGAACCCAUGCGAACGUCUCUCUCGAAAACCACAAAUUCACCAUCAUCAACACAUACGCACACGGAAAAGACGCCUACAAAACAAUCCAACACCUUACCGAACAAAUCAUCCCAGCCGAACGCCCACUCAUCCUAACAGGAGACUUCAACCUCCACCACCCCGAUUGGGCCCUCGAUAAUUCCAAAUGGAAAAACAGGCACCCCAACCAAACCGAGAGAGAAUUUAGGGACUACGCUGAGGCCGUCGAGGCAUGGCCUAACUUCAACUGGGAAGUAGACACGCCCUCGACAGGCAGAUCGUGCGGAUCGGACCAUAUGGCCAUAACAUGGUCGAUCCAGCCGUCCGAUCAAAACCUGCCUGAUGAAGACGCGGUCCAAACACCGCACAGGCAAAUCGACCCCAAGCGGGAGGACAAAUGGGUGGAAGCUUAUGCCAACGCCCUCAAGAAAUUCGAACUCCCCGAAGAACCCACUACGGCCGAAGACGCUGACUUGAUCACGGGGGCGAUCUUGGAAGCGAUGUCAACCGCCACGAUGAAAACGAUGCCCGACGGCAACAAAAAGAAAGGUAGCGGACCAGUCCGAUCCCCUUGGUGGAACGCCGAAUGCUCAGGCGCCCUCAACGACCUUAAACAUAACCCCGAAGGACGCACCCAAGACCAACUACGCGCUACCCUACGCGGCGCCAUUAGACGAGCUUGCCAAAACAACGGUGACCGUAUACUAUCUGAAAUACGUACGUCCAAGGUCUUCGAGUCGCUGAAAUGGUUCCAAGGAAAAAGACGAUCCCUACUGCCCCCGAUCAAAAACCCCAACGGCGGCAACACAGCCACGCACCCACACCACAAAGCCGAAAACCUAGCCAAACAAUUCUUCCCUACUGUCAAUCCCACAUAUCCCUACAACCACUUGGGAUUAAAGCCAUGCCCAAGCGGCCUUUUCAGGAGAUAUCAGUAG